AACAACUAAUCGUUCGUACAGAUUUCCUUCUAACCAUAACCAGACCAACUCUGUCGCAGAAGUCUUUGCCUCGGAGAGAAACUUACUAUGGCCAGUGGGCACCAACGAUAGUGCAUUAUAAUAUUCAACUUUAUUUUUAAGACUGCCUGGCUUUGAUUUCAUAUAAUAAUAAUCCCUCCCUUCUACACAAAGACGAUGAAUCUCUCUCUAUGUUCCUCCUCCUCCUCCUCCUCACUCUCAUAAAUCUCAUACAAAUUAAUUCGCAUUCGAUUCAUUUUUGCACAGAUACGUUAUACUUUUACAUGAGAAUAAUGAAGCCACCGCCAUUCUCUUCCUCUUCCUCCUCUGUUUUUCGCAAGGCCCGACUCUCCCCCUACCUCUUCACCUUGCUCGCUUUCAUCCUCUUCGUCGCCGUCCUCUACGGCGAGGACCUCAUGUGCAUCUUCGGCCAGCAGCUGCAACUCAGUCCCAACUCGGACCCACUCGUCAUCAGAACCGGGAAGAAGAGGGAGAAGCUGCCGUUCGCCAUAGGUAAGAGCGAGGAAGGCUGUGACAUAUUCAGUGGGAGGUGGGUUUGGGACGAGUCGAAUCGGCCGCUUUACGAGGAAUCGGAGUGUCCGUACAUUCAGCCUCAGUUGACUUGUCAAGAACACGGACGACCUGACAAGGAUUAUCAGAAAUGGCGAUGGCAGCCGCACGGCUGUGAUCUUCCCAGCUUCAACGCAACAUUGAUGCUCGAGACACUACGCGGGAAGCGGAUGAUGUUUGUUGGCGAUUCUCUGAACCGGGGUCAGUAUGUUUCCAUGAUUUGUCUUCUCCAUUCGCUCAUCCCCGAGGAUGCCAAAUCUAUGGAAACCUUCGACUCAGACUCACGAACUGUUUUCACUGCAAAGGAGUACAAUGCCACAAUUGAGUUCUACUGGGCGCCAUUUCUUCUCGAGUCAAACUCCGAUAAUGCUGUUGUCCAUAGGAUAUCUGAGAGGCUUGUCAGGAAAGGGUCCAUCAAUAAGCAUGGCAAGCAUUGGAAGGGCGUGGAUGUCUUGGUGUUUAACACCUAUCUGUGGUGGAUGACCGGCUUGAAGUUUAAGAUCUUGCAAGGUUCCUUCGAUGAUGAGGUGAAAGAUAUCGUGGAGGUACCAACAACAGAGGCUUAUCGCAUGGCUAUGAAGACUAUGUUGAGAUGGGUGCGGAGGAACAUGAACCCCAAGAAGACGAGGGUCUUUUUCACUAGCAUGUCGCCUUCUCAUGGAAAGAGUGUAGAUUGGGGAGGUGAAUCAGGAGGUAACUGUUACAAUCAAACUACUCCGAUUGAAGAUCCUAACUAUUGGGGUUCAGAUUCCCGGAAAAAUAUAAUGGAGGUGAUAGGAGACGUGUUCGGUAAAUCAAAGGUGCCCAUUACAUUUCUCAACAUCACCCAACUCUCGAGCUAUCGCAAAGAUGCACACACAGCAAUCUACAAGAAGCAAUGGAAUCCACUGACUCCAGAGCAAUUAGCAAACCCUGUUAGCUAUGCAGAUUGUGUACAUUGGUGUUUGCCUGGCCUUCAGGAUACUUGGAAUGAGCUUCUAUUUGCCAAGCUUUUCUACCCUUGAUUAUAUGGCUUCUUUCUUUUAUUUUCUUUUUUGAAAGAAAAAAGAAGGUGAAUUCUUCUCCUUUCGGAUAGUCUUGUUGGUGAGCUCCAGCCGGUGGCAAUUGAAUAGUGUAAAUUAAUGAUGAAAUGUGUGAACAUGGAAGGCUAAAGGAACAGGGAAGUGAAUGUAUGCAAAACUGUAAAAGUAAGUGAUUC